AUGACGGAUACUUUGCUGGGAAGCGGAAUCCCGUUCGCGGACGUGAGAUGGAGUUCCAAGGUGGCGAUGCAAGGACCUGGCAUACAAGUGACAUACGAACAGCUUAGCAAGGACACUUCGACUGUCCAGGACGCCUUGCGUCGUGAAAACCUCACUCGAGUUGCCAUCAGCCUUCCGUUUGGAGUGGCGCAGGUCGUAGCGAUGUGUGGCGCGAUUGCAGCCCGGGCAGUGUAUGUGCCGAUCGACGAAACGCAAGCAAUGGAGCGCAACCUUUUGAUAGUACAAACCGCUUGCGUCCAAGCCGUGCUUUGUCAUGCUGAGUCGUUGUGGCUUCAAUGUCCUCGUCAAACCCAUCUCGUGACCCCGCUUCACGUGCAUGAGUUGGUCUUGGUCACAUGGACAGACGCGUCGUCAACAUCCUCCUCGUCCUUGCAUCCGAACCCAAUGCUAGAACAUCCUGAUGCUAUGUACGUCCUCUUCACGUCCGGGUCCACAGGCGUACCCAAAGGCGUGGUGGGCACUCGUCGCGCGACAUUGAACCGCCUGCAGUGGAUGUGGCACGCGUUUCCAUUUCAGCCCCACGACAAGGUCCUUCGCUCGACGAAGUUGACGUUUGUGGAUGCGAUAUGGGAGAUCUUGGGCACGCUGUCGCAUGGCCAGACGCUGGUGGUCGUGCCAUUCACGGGGUUCACUCCGCCGCUGGUCGCCGACUUGGCGCGGGGUCUGUCCGUCAUCGCCGCCUUUCGCGUGACGCGGCUGACGUUGGUGCCGAGUGUGUUGCAAAUGCUGCUGCAUGCGGCUGCUUCGUUUCCUCAAACGAUUCAAACGUUCGUCGUGAGUGGUGAGACCCUUCGUCCGCAACUUCUACAGCAAGCCUUGCAAGCUGCAGCCCCCACCGCAACAGUACUCAAUCUUUACGGCAGCACGGAAGUCGGCGGCGACGUCACAUGUGCGUCAUUUUCGCGGCAGUCGACGACCAGUGACCAGAUCGAGUCGUGGGGGGUCGUUGGGGUGCCCAUUGGCAAAGCCAUUCAGCAUACCAAGUUGAUGCUAAUGGAUAAGGAUGGAGUGGUGUCGUGCACAAGGGGCGAGUUGUGGGUGGCGGGGCCCGGAUUGGCGCUGGGAUAUCUAAACCCUUCUGACACGAUUGACAAGUUUGUGCACGUGGGGUCCGACUUGUGGUUUAAGACUGGCGACGAGUGCGUCUGGCGGGGCGACGUCUUGUUUUAUAGCGGUCGGGUGGACAGCCAAGUCAAGAUUGGUGGGAUUUCCAUACACUUGGAUGCUGUCGAGGCAUGUUUUGAUAUGUAUCUCCACCAACAAUUUCAACAUCGGCCGUGGCAUGUUGGCGCCGUGGCGAUCUCCAUGUCCAAGCCUUGUCUGCAACUAGACACGGUGGUUGUGUAUGUUGGUAUUGCUGGUGGCGCGGCAACGUUCACAUCCAUCCAUUCCCAAGCGGCCCUGGCAUCAUUGUUCAAUGGCCACGUGGUGGUGCCAGUUCGGGUGGUAGUGAUCGAGCGGACUGCAUUUCCACUGACUUCGACCGGAAAAACCCAUCGGCGCCAACUGCUCGAGCUCUACAACCAGAUCAACAAGGGGAACGAGUCUGCACCUGAAUACAAAGACAAGCUAACGUCGAUCCUGAUGGCCCACUUGGACAUGCCGUCGUCGACUGCCGCCAUAGUGGACGAGAUGACUCUGGUCGAGUUGGGUGGAAACUCGCUCGUGGCGACGAUGGUGCUGCAUGAUCUUCGAACGCAAUGCGGUCUAGCCACACUGGAACUAGCAGAUGUGCUUGGGAAAACCAUCGGGCAAGUACGAGCGCUGGUUGCUUUACAAUCAAUACACCUCCACCACACAAAGAAACGACUUCCAUCGUUGCUGCCUGGGCCAGCCAGCCCUACUACGACCCACGAAUCGAGGCCAAAGCGCGUCAAAACAGAACCAACGAGCUUGGGGGACCUGUACAUCAGCUGGUCCGUCGAAGUCGAGAAAUGCAUCGAUGCGACGCCCCUGGUGGUGACGCACCAAAGUGCGAUGACGACGACGAUUGUCGUGGGAUCCCACGAUCACCACGUCACAUGCGUCGACGCAACAUUCCCCCCGCAUGCGAUAAUGUGGCGGACCAAACUCCCCGAUCGCAUUGAAUCGUCCUGUGUUCGUUCUGAGAAUCGUCUGUUUGUGGGCUGCUACGACGGCCACGUCUACUGCCUACACAGGUCCACUGGCGACGUGCUGUGGUCGUUUGCGACGAACGAUCAAAUCAAGUGCACGCCGCUCGUGGUUGCCACCAAGCAAGUGGUUGUGUGCGGGUCCCACGAUCGCCACGUGUACGGCCUCGACAUUGCAUCUGGCAAGUGCAAGUUCAAACUACCAUUUCAAAAAGGGGUUUACUCGACCCCAGCGUUUCAAGAUGAUAUGCUGGUUUGCGCGUCGAUUGGCGGCGACCUUCGUGGGUAUGUAUGGACGUCCCUCGACAUUGACCAGCCGACGACACCUCAUUGGAUGAUCCAGCUAGCCGCUCCUGUCUUUAGCAAUUUGGUCACGACGGCGCAGAAGUUGCUGGUCGUGGGGUGUGCAGACGGGUGUCUGUAUGGCAUGUCCUUGCAAACAGGGAGUACCCUGUGGCGUAUUGCAACCGCAAAACCGAUUUUUAGCACCCCUUGCGUCUUGCUACAACACCCCCCUCGAGUCGUGUUUGGGUCCCACGAUGGCAUCCUUCGUUGUGCCACCUUGGCCGAUGGCAUCGUCGUGGCUAGUGUGGACCUGGGCGACGCGAUCUUUGCUUCCCCCACCAUGUUAACUAGCGAAGGGGACUGUGGGGUGUGCACCACCAACGGGAUGUAUUAUGUUUGGGACACUUGGUCCCCUAUGUGGCAGGCGCAGCUGUCGCUUGGCGGACAUGCAUUCUCUUCCCCCGUCGCCCACGACAACGCAGUCUACGUGGGCACUCGAGCCAACAAACUGCUAUGCAUUCAACGACGUCGACACAAUACCGAAGCAAGAUAGCAUUGAAUUACACGCUGGCCGCGCCCUUCAACAAGGUGGGGGCGAUAUACGGAAUAAGGACGGCCGCGACAGGAAACUCCAGCAGCACCCCAAGGACAGAACCGGCUAGCACGUCGGUCGGGUAGUGGCGACCCAGCGCCAAGCGGCAAAAGCAGAUGGCCGUGGCCCACACCACAACCACCACUGGCAUGCCCUUGACAGCCCACGCCCCCAACGUAUCAUGCAGGGCUUUGGGAUAGUCUAACGGGUCCUCAUGAGUAAAUAAAUGGAUAAAUGAUUGUAGCAGUACAUGCAGCGAGGUAGAAAAUCAAC